UGGGAUUUGGAGAUUUAUUCAUUUCUUUGCUUGAGAGUUUUAGGAGAACAAAGUGAAAGAUGAUCGAACAGAACAAACGGAAAGGGCUGGAGCUGGUCCCGGUGCUGGCGAAGAAGCCGCGGACUGAGGUGGCGCUGAUGGGCCCACCAAGAUCCACCAGUCUGCAAGCUCCUAUAAUGCUGUUGUCUGGACAUGAAGGAGAAGUUUACUGCUGCAAAUUUCAUCCCAAUGGACUGACUUUGGCUUCUGCAGGGUUCGACAGGCUGAUUCUUCUGUGGAACGUUUAUGGAGAAUGUGAUAACUACGCAACUCUGAAGGGUCACAGUGGGGCUGUAAUGGAAUUGCAUUAUAAUACAGAUGGCAGCUUGCUUUUUUCUGCUUCAACUGAUAAAACCGUGGCAAUUUGGGACUGUGAAACAGGAGAGAGAGUAAAGCGUUUAAAAGGGCACACAUCAUUUGUGAAUUCCUGUUAUCCUGCCAGACGGGGUCCACAACUAAUCUGUACAGGCAGUGAUGAUGGCACUGUAAAGCUCUGGGACUUCAGGAAGAAAGCUGCAGUGCAAACCUUCCAAAAUACGUAUCAAGUUUUGUCUGUCACAUUCAAUGAUACCAGUGAUCAGAUCAUCUCAGGGGGGAUUGAUAAUGACAUAAAGGUGUGGGAUUUAAGGCAAAAUAAGUUGAUGUACACAAUGCGAGGACAUGGAGACUCUGUGACUGGCCUGUCUCUCAGUUCUGAAGGUUCUUACUUACUCUCAAAUGCUAUGGAUAAUACAGUUCGUGUAUGGGAUAUUCGCCCUUUUGCCCCAAAGGAAAGGUGUGUGAAGAUUUUUCAAGGAAAUGUACACAACUUUGAGAAGAAUUUGUUGCGCUGUUCGUGGUCUUCUGAUGGCAGCAAGAUAGCAGCAGGGUCAGCAGACCGAUUUGUCUAUGUUUGGGACACUACAUCCCGCAGGAUUUUGUAUAAACUUCCAGGACAUGCUGGAUCUGUCAAUGAGGUAGUCUUCCACCCUGAAGAGUCAAUCGUUCUCUCUGCUUCCAAUGACAAAAGACUGUACAUGGGGGAAAUACAGUGAAAGCGCUGUGAUACGGAAUUUUCAUUCUUUAGUUUGUGUCUGCAGAUUUUUUGUUGAAAUCUCGGUGACCGUCCCAUACAUCUGAAUAGGAUUUUUAAUACUCACCCAAGCAUGUGGCAUAAACAAUCCCAUUCAGAUGUUUGGAACAGAUGUACAGUUGCAGAAGAUGUGGCGACAUAUUUCACUGCUUCCCAGAUUCAUGGUGUUCACCUUGCACUUGUAUCAAGAUCAGUGAGAAAUGAGUGGUAUAUGUUGUGAAAUAUUUCUUUAGAAAUGUACAUUCAGUCUGUACCAUUGACUGAUCCAGUGACCCUUUUUUAUUCUGUAUUAUAAAUUGUUUUACUACAAUUUAGUGAGUUGUCUUUUAGUUUGAGUCCCAUUGUGGUGUGAACUUAUUCAGGUUCCAUGGGGGAAAUUUAUCAUUAUGUUUGGAAGGUUUUUUUCGCCUAUUUUCGUCGCAAUGGUAUGGCUCUGUAACUUUCUGCGGCAAAAUUGUGCAACUUUUCAUAAAGAAGAAAUCUAAAGCUGUUGACCAAAUGAUUGUUUGGUUAGGAAUUUUGCAGUGGUUAUGUAUUUAAUAUAUGCGACUUUUCAAAAAGUUGCAUUUUGCUAACGCAGUUGGCCUCCAAACAUCGCAAAUCCACGCCACCUCCAACCACACUUAGAAAAAUGCCUGUGCUGGCUUCAGAAAGUUAUAAUGGCCAAAGUUACCAUAUACUGUACGACAAAAUAACUGGUGCAUGACAAAAUUCCAAACCAGAAAACAUGCUAAACAAACAGGCUGACAACGAUCUGUUCGAAUAAAUUCCCCCUCAUAUGUUUUACUUCAUUACAGGCUUUCUGUUAGAUCUAGAGCUGCAGCUUACGAUUAUUUGAAUAUUCGAUUAGUUGUCGAUAAUUUCGAUCAGGAAAAACACCUAAAUGCCAAAAAAGGGGUUUCUGAUCUUGAAAAGCUAUGUACAAUGGCCAUAUUAAAAUAGUUUCUACGAUGUGAAAAAAAAAAAAAAAAUUUUGGCUUUUUUUUUUCCUCACUUUUUUGUAUACAAUAGGAAAAGGGAGUUCAUUUUAUUGGGGGAGGGGCCUAUUUACAUUUUAAUAAAACUAGCCUGUACAAUUACACACGUGCCAAUACGAAAUACAUUUAUUUUUAUGUAAAGGGGAGGGGUGAUGUAAAUUUUUAAUAUGGAAGGGGUUAAUUGAAUACAGAUCUAGAUGCAGCAAUGGAAAGAGAGGUAAGCCCUCUGGCUACCUCUGCAGUGGAUCGCCCUCUCGCGAUUGCAUUGCGGGGGGGGGGGGGGGCAGCGACCCACCCCACUAGACCACCAUGGAUGGUUAAAAGGUCUCUUUAGACGCUGCUGUCAACUUUGACAGUGGCAAUCUAAAGGGUUAAUAGUCGCCAGCGGCGAUCGCCGCAUGCCGGGCUAUUAGCAGUGGCUCCCAGCUACAGGAAUCGGCUAGGGGCCGCUGGGUAUGGAGCGGGCUCGAGUCAGGAGCCAGCUCCAUACACCCUGAGCGCUGCUGGGUUGUCUGGUCGGCUCUAAUAUCCCGAAGCAGGGCUACAUGUCAGCAAAAUUCACCUGCCCCGCACCCGAAAAAGCAUGUACAGGCGCCGAGCAGGUAAGACUUGACUUUCAGUCCAACCCUCUGCUGACCCACUGCUCUCCAGUCACUGAUUGGUGAGCAGUGGGUCAGCGGAAGGUGGAACUGAAAGUCAGGGCUUGUCACUCAGGGACUUCAGUUACAGACGCUGCGGCAGUGCGGAAUUUGCAGGACCCGCAGGCAUAGCGCCUGAACACCCGCUCCCACCCGCAGCGGCCUCAUGACGGCCGGCGCCCGCAUGUUCCCUUUCCAACGAAUAAACAGAUCAUUUAAAUCCAAUUAUCGAAUAUUAUCGAUAAAAUCAAUGAAUCGUUGCAGCCCUAGUUAGAUCCGAAGAAUAAACAUAGUGCUCAUAAAUUCAACAAUAGACACGUAAAAGGGCACAUUUAAGCCUGUGCCUACAUAAUUUACAAAGCAAUUGAAUAUUUCUGCUUGCUGAAACUUUAAAUACAAUGGCCCUCAUUUACUAUUGCAAACCCGACAUGUUUUGUCAGGUUGUGCGCCAUAUUCUGUCGCAUUGCGCCAGAAAUUCUGUCAGAAUUUGUGCCAGAACUUGCGCCAGAAUUGAAAAAACCCCGAAUAACUCUCCAUUUUGCUAUGAAUACCCGUGGUCUCCAAAAAAGGGGCGUGUUCUCCAAAAGGGGGCGUGUCCCCAACAUUUUCACAAAAACCCAACGUAUUUACUAAGGUUUCCACAUAAAAUGUGGUGGAUUUGAGCUGAGGAAAACCAGACAGAUCAGAGCAUGUGUAAAAAAAAAAAAAAAGCAAA